UUGGAGUUAUUUCAGAAGAGCUAAAUAUAUGGUAUAAAAAUUUUUGUUAUGAAGUCCUAGUCAGUAAUCCUUCGCUUGUUCUUUACGUAGAUCUAUGAAGAAAUUUAGAAGAUCUCUAGUUUUUUCAGCGGAAUAAACGUUUAAUUUGUUCCUGUAUGUGCGAUGAAAUUUAGGCGUUUCUGCGAAUUGAUCUUCCCAAAAUAAUUGAUUUUCGCUCUAAUUUCUGGUUCUGCUGGCUGUUCUUCGUUUGUCUCGACGAAAAGGUGUUUGUUUUUUUCAAUUAGAUCUUAUUAUCAAGCUAGAGAGAAGAUGAAUCACUGUGCAAUUCAACAAGGUGCUUUCGCCGCCUGUGAAGACAUGUGGAGCUCCGUUUCUUCAAUUUCAGAUAAGAAGGAUGCCGUUGUUUGCCCCAAGCCACGGCGUCUCGGCCUUUUGAACGCCACCAUAACUGAACCUAUCAGACCUCUCAGAUGGCAUGUUAGCCAUCAGCAAGAGCUAUGUGAUUCCAGAGCUGGAGCUGAUCUAUUGGACAUCAUCCUCGCUAAGUUGAAAUGUCAACUCCUUCAAGGAAGAGACAGAUGUGUGAUUUCAAAAGGUUACAACAGGACCCUCUUGCAGGAGUGACUCCCACAAGUCACAUAUAACCAGAAAUUUGCAAAGAUCUGUCACUGAAGUUAUAGCAGAAGAAUUCAGGAACAAGAGGUUCAUUCUGUACUUGAGCAAGAGGAGAAGUCGAUCUUGAUGACCCAAAAACUAUCGAUGGAGCAGUCUAUCUAAAGGACUGGCUUUCUUUCAUGACCGCGUACAUACUUUAUAAAGUAGCGAUAAACGCUUAGUUGAGGAUCAUGACAAAGAAGCACCUACUUAUAAUGAUCAAUUGAAACAGAAAUGAUCAAAUCAAGAACCAAAAAUAUGGAUUUUUUAUAUGCAGAGUACUAUUAUCGGAA